UGGAACUUGAGGCGGUCCUAGAGACCCACGCACACCGUCAGACAAGUCCGGGAUCAUCCCAGCCAGCCCCUCCACCAUUUACCAAACUUAAAAAUGGAACCCUCCACUUCUUCCCAACUCCUCUCCGCGCUAUUAAUCGCACUUUCCGCCUCAGUCGUGAACUCCCAGUAUGAAAAAUACAGCUUCAGGAGCUUCCCCAGGAAUGAGCUGAUGCCUCUGGAGUCCGCUUACAAAUACGCGCUGGACCAGUACACCGGGGAGAAGUGGAAGGAGACGGUGGAGUACAUGGAGGUGUCCCUGCGGCUGUACCGGCUGCUGCGGGACAGCGAGGCCUUCUGCAACCUCAACUGCAGCUCCGUGCGGCUGGACGACGAGCAGAAGUUUGCGGAGUUUCCAGAACUGCGGGCGUUUGGCAAUGUGAUGAAGAGGGCGCAGUGCCUCAAGCGCUGCAAGCAGGGGCUGCCCGCAUUCAGGCAGACCAUGCCCAGCAGGGACACCAUAGAUGAGUUUGAGAGGAGAGAGCCGUACAAAUACCUGCAGUUCGCCUACUUCAAAUCUGAAAACCUGGCCAAGGCGGUGUCUGCUGCCCACACCUUCCUGCUGAAGCACCCAGAUGAUGAGAUGAUGCAGAGGAACAUGGCCUACUACAAGACUCUGCCUGGAGCCGAAGACCACCUCAAAGACCUGGAGACCAAAUCCUAUGAGACAUUGUUUGUGCGUGCAGUGCGGGCAUAUAAUGGAGAAAAUUUCCGUACCUCGGUGUCAGACAUGGAGCUGGCUCUGCGGGACUUCUUCAAGGUCUACGAUGAGUGUCUGGCUGCGUCUGAGGGCCCCAGGGACAUCAAAGACUUUAAAGACUUCUACCCUUCCAUAGCCGAUCACUACAUAGAGGUCCUUGACAGGAAAGUGACGUGUGAAAGUGACCUGACACCUGUCGUAGGAGGUUUUGUGGUUGAGAAGUUUGUGGCCACCAUGUACCACUACCUGCAAUUCGCCUAUUACAAAUUGAAGGACCUGAAGAACGCGGUACCUUGUGCAGCCAGCUACAUGCUCUUUGACCCCAGCGAUGAGGUUAUGAAGAAUAAUGUGGCCUAUUACCAGUACCACAAAAGCCAAUGGGGACUGACAGAGGAGGACUUCCUCCCCAGAUCAGAGGCAUUGCGGUACUACAAUCAGACUACCAUGCAGCUACAGAUGUUGGAGUUCUCAAAACAGCGCCUGGUGAGCGACGAUGAGGGGGAGGUGGUGGAGUUUAUAGACGAGUUCCUGGACGAGGAUAAUUUCCCCACGUUGGAAAGUCCACCGAAACACUGAAAAACAAACGCAAACAACAAAACAACACCAACACUCCCCAGUUUGUAUUUACUGUGUUUUGUACGAGGCUCUGUUUGCUCACUGUUUUUACCUGUAGAUCCACAUUCUGAGUAUUUAAAAUUUCCUCUUUUGUGCACUAAAUAUCCAGAUGAGCGGCUCACGGAUUUAAAGACAAUGAUGAUAAUAGAGAUAGAAAUAUUUUUACUUGCUGUUAUAUGGAUUCAUUCCUCCACUGUGAAUCAUGUAUGUUGUCUUUCAGAAAGGGUACUUUUUACAAUGAAUUGCUAAUAAAACUUGCCAAACAUCAGGUCUUUCAAGUAAUCCUCGCUGUGUACAGUGUAAUAUACAGUUAAUGGUUUUGGGGAUGUGGCCAGUUCACGUUCCCCCUUUAGUCUACGGUUGUAGCUACAUCUGCUGGUUAUGGCAGCAGCAUGGUUUUCAACAAUUAAUUGUUUGGCAUGCAUUUGGAAAGCAUUUUAUGAAAGUAAAUAGUGAAAUAUAAUUGUUACAAUUUCCUAAAGCUAAAUGACAUGUCUUCAGAUGGCUUGGUCUGUCCAACAAACCAUCUAGAACCCAAAAAUCAAUCUACUAUCAAUUUACUGUCACACAAGACAAAGACAAGCAGCAAAUCAUCAUAACCAAGAAGCUGAAACUAGAGAUUAUUUGUAUUUUGCUUUGAAAAUCACUUAAAUUAUUAAUUAAUCAACUAAUACUUAUUUCAGUCUGUUGCUUUUUUGACUGGAGCCCCAAUAGAGUGAAGAGUGGAUGGAGAACUGACAGCAGGAUGCUUGCGAGGGUCCUUUAGACGAAGCUCAGGGCUGUGCUGAGCAGUGAGACAUCCAGAGAAAACACUGAGUUGUUUAAUAAUGUUUGAACAUUGAGUCUCUGUGCAGUUUGUCACACAGUGAUGUUAAAAACCCACUAGGGAACAUUCUCUCUGUAUUACAGCGUCUCUCUCUCUGUGUUCUCAUUCCUCUCCUGCCUGUAUUUACCUGUCUCUCUUAUUACUUCUCUUUCUCCCUUGCCAGUGCUUUAUCUUCAAUCUGCCCUCUUUUGUUCUUUUUAAACAUUUUCGGAUACAUAUCACAAAGAAAUAAUGGUAUAAGCGGCUCGGUUAGAAGUUAAGAUGAAAGGCUUAUUGUCAGGAGUCAAGGUCAUAGGUCAUUCACUGAGAAUGUGUCUGUUUUACCUUGACAAAAUAAAGAGUAAAAACCAGGUUCAGGAGUUUAUUGUGAUGUAGAGAACACACAUACAGUACACAUUUCAUCCUGACAUCACACACAUCAGGCUGUUUGAGAUGAAGAAGAAAGAGGCAUGGAAAUAUAUUAGCAUCAUGUGAAUUAGAGUCAGCAAUUUCAAAAACUUUUCAUUUGUUUUCUUUUGACAUAAUUUUGCUCAUAACCCAAGUGAUCUCUGAUGAUUACGAUCAGUCUUCAGGCAUGGAUCAUGUGGGAAAGCUGGUGUGUAUGAGAGGUUGUUGCUUCAAUCUACAAUAUGGUCUUUAUUUAUGCUAUCAGGAGUACAGUACUUGUGUUUGAACAGCAGUGUCUAAUAGUAGGUGAAGUAAAAGGCAGUAGUGUAUACUCUGAGUAAAGUGGAUGAGCUGACUCUGUGUAAGACAUGAAGAGGUGAUAUCUACUGUUAACUGUGCUUGACCGUCUUGGUUAAGAAACACACAUUUAACGUUUGAGUUAAAUUGAAUUCCCACACACCGGUAAAGUUACAGUACUGUAUGUACAGCAAGUUAUAACAGUUACAGAUUAUAUUUACAGAAAUGUAUAGACAAAAGGUACUUUAUUCCCCAUGCCGUCUCCACAUUGGGACAUUUGUGUCAACUCAGCUUCAGUCACCACAAUAUAGAAAUUAAGAAGAUUGGUGAAAUAUUUGUAGCAAUUUGAAAUAAAGCAAUAAAAACACUUUUUAUAGAACACUGGAUGUUAAGUCGGAGAAAUAUGAGGAAUAAUGAAAUCAUCGUUCAUGACUGCUGACACCAUAAAGUGUCUAAUCUUCAAGCAACCAACCACUUUUGACAUUAAUUACAAGUAAAGCACUUUCUAUUAAGUUAUUGCCAUUUAAUUAAUCUUAGUCUCUAUACAUCACCAGAAUUACAAACUCUAAUAUCUAAGUUCAAACCCUCUUAUGGCUAUUUACAGUUGCACUUUUUUAUGAGCUUUUUUUUUUUUUUUUUAACACGACCUUGCUCUCAAGUAUUUGGCACAGUACAGAAAAAAGUGUAAUUGUCAUGGACUCAUACAGAGCUAUAGUACACUGUAAAAUCUGUAAUGUUUUUUAUAAACAUCAUGAAUUUUCAAU